ACCACGUCCGUGGAAACCGAAACCAAAUUCACAGUCAGCCAAACAUUUUUGCAUACCGGCAAAGACCUUACGUCGAUCCCGCGCAAUCCGUUGGGGCUUUACUGCGUGUUCGUCGGACUGCGGGAGAAUGAACUACGGGAUCCAGUUCCGUCUUUACCAGGAGUAGGAAGCAGGUUCGUCACGGUAGCCGGCAGCGGCGCCGCCCCUUAUUCUCAUGAAUUAUGCGGACAAUUCUCUCCCAUUCCAGUCCUUCAGGUGAGCACCAUCCCGUCGUUCAUAAAAGGGCUACCAUUUAGCUUGCCCUAAAUAGAUCAGAAGUCUCGUUCUCGCUUCCAACAAACAAAAAGAUAUGGAGGAGGACAAGACCGGCGCCGGAAGCUCAUCUAGGGUUUUACAACCCCACUCGGCGGCCAAUCCUUCUAUCGUCUCCCCACCUCAGGCGCAGCCGCCUACCCCGGCUCCCACUAAAAAGCCCGCAAAGGAAGCGCCGGCCGCAGGAAAGCGACAGUUGUUUACUGUGGAACUGAGACGGGGCGAGACUACCAUCGUUUCCUGGAAGAAACUUCUCAGGGAGUCCGGUUCUGCGAACGGGGAAACCUCUGCUCUGAUUGCCGAUAAUCCAGUUCCUGAUACCCGGCCGGUCGGUGGGGUUCAUCCAGGGGAGGAUGAUUUAAAACAUACAUUACAGCCUCCAAAUUGCUUUAGUUCUGUGAUUGAAAAGAUUGAAAGAUUGUACAUGGGCAGGGAAAGCAGUGAUGAGGAAGAACGUGAUGUUCCAGAUGAUGACCAAUAUGAUACUGAGGAUUCUUUUAUUGAUGAUACUGAGUUGGACGAAUACUUUCAAGUUGACAAAUUAUCAACAAAGCAUAACGGGUAUUUUGUUAAUAGGGGAAAACUGGAAUGGGCUGAACCAAGUUCCUCCCCCAAUCUAGCGCCAAAGAAAAGGAGGAGAAAAGAUUCAACAAAAGCUCAGAGUGGAACUGACCAUGAUCAUGUUUCAAAUGAAUAUGUGAACAUGGGUAAUAUGAAGAUCAAAGCUGCUGCAAGGAAUGCUCCUCUGGUGGCAAAGAAAUUGUCUACAGCAGAAGCUACAACUUCUUUUGAUGAACACUAUCAAGAAGCAAAGCUUUUGAAAACCAAUGCGAAUGCUUCCACUGGCAUAUACAAGAAACGGACUUCUGACUUUGUCAUCAACUCAGAUAUUGCUCCAUAUGCAAAACUACCAAACAAGGAUCUUUCAUCAGUCAUAACAGAACCAAAGGAUUUCGACAGGAGAAAAUUUCUCUCCUCCAAAGAUCAUCAUAAAUCAAGUGGCACUACUGAAUCAUUUGGUACCACAAAUCAGGCAUCUCGAGAGAAAGCAUUUGCUUCUCAAGCUGAACCACAAUCAAAGAAAUUUAGUGAUAAUAAUGAAAUAGAAGUGUUGGCUAAAAUGCAGCGGAAAGAGAAACAUGGUUAUGGUGAAUAUUCCCAUAGUUCUAUGUCCACCUAUCCUACCCAAGCAGUGCAUCCAUUGGCCCACCGAGCCAGGGAAGGCACUAUAAGACCCAAGGGUACUACAAUUGAGCGAGCUAUUCGUGACCUGGAGAAGUUCGUUGAAUUGUCAAGAUCACCAGACGCUCAAGUUCAAGAAGUUGAUCCUUCUGCCCAAGGUGUUAAAAGGAGAUUGCCACAAGAAGUAAAACAGAAGCUAGCUAAAGUUGCUAGAUUAGCG